CAGGCAAAGGUUUCUCAAGUUUGCCGCGUAGAGAUGGACGUAGGGCUAUCCUCCGAUCUCAAUAAACCAUAUUAUACCAUGAUCUAGCGCCUACCCUUGCCCCAUCCGCUUCUCCAGAGCAAUGGCUCAGAAUGACCUUCCGCUGCACGGGAAUCGAAAACCGUCAGGUAUUUCUGCUAAACCGGGCUGCUUAGGCGCCGUCGCUCGCUUUUGGUACCGCUCGUAUGCCGCAGAUUACAUUAGCUUAGCUAUUAUCACCGCAGGGUGGUUUAUCAUCCAAAUAUUUGUAGAGCCAUUCCACCGGAUGUUCUCGUUGGAGAAUGGCUCAAUACAGUUUCCGUUCGCUGUCGUGGAGAGAGUCCCGGUCGACGUCGUCAAAAAUGCCGUGGGCCGUCCGAGGCCAGAUUUGAUCUCCCGGUGUAAACCUGAAAAGGGAACACCGGCUCACACCCUGGUCUCCUUCAACGUGUGCUUGGAAACGGAUCAUCAUAUUCUACAUGAAGGUUGGAGGAGCUUCCCCAGUGGUCAUAGCAGCUUUGCUUUUGGCGGGCUCGGGUACCUUUCGCUAUUUUUUGCGGGGCAACUGCACGUGUUUCGACCUCGCUCUGGUCUAGCCCGUUUCCUUUUCUCUGCGGCUCCUCUGCUGGGAGCGCUGAUGAUUGCGAUGUCGCGAUUGGCGGACUAUCGUCAUGACGUAUAUGAUGUCACAGUCGGGUCUCUUUUGGGACUUUUUACGGCGUAUUUUACCUAUCGCAGAUACUAUCCAUCGCUGAAGUCAAUUGACUGCGAUACUCCCUAUUCCAGACCAAGCGGUGGCUACGUAGCUGUCAGUGGUGUUAAUCGGGGUCUGGGAGAUGAAGAACAACCAUGCAACUCCCCACGACCAGAAUAUUCUGGAGCCGAAUAUCAGAUGCAGUGAAUCCAUCCAAAUCGGCCACAUUACCCUAGCGCAGAACGAACCGGAUGAUAUCGGAGAGGAAAUUUCAUCGUGUAUAGCUAUAAGCAGCCGAGCUUAACGGUCCACAUUGAUAUAGAU